UCUACCAUCGUAUGUUGCUUCAGCACCUACUGUGAAAUCUUUUAAAAGUAAUUUAAAAUUGUACUUGAUUUUUUUCUGAUCUGUUAUCUACGUAUGUGUUAUUUUUCUAUCAGGUGUAUGUCUACUACAACUCUUUUGUUGUUGUUGUUACAAGCCCUCAUGCUUUUUGAUGUACCUCCUUUGACACAAUGUAACAUCUUUUAUUAUUACUUUCUGUUUGUUGUCAAUAAAUAUAAAGAAAAGAAAAGAAGAAAAGUAUCCAACACAUCUAUCGAUAAUAGUGUCAGUCCCGCAUGGCGUACAGCGCUUCUAAAUAUACUCUAUACACAAGCAUGGCCUGAAGGAACAGCAGCUACUGAUCAAGAACUUCUGGCUUCACGUCUCCGAGCUCAAGUUGAAAUUCUUCAAACUGUGGUUGGUGGUGAACAAUCAAGUUGUUAUUUGAAUGAAGCGGAUCCGAAUGAACCGAAUUGGCAGCAGAAAUUUUUCGGCACUCAAGAUAUCUAUGAUAGACUAAAAUCUAUCAAAAAAUCAGUUGAUCCAAAUGGUCUCUUUAUUUGUAAGAAUUGUGUUGAUAGUGAUGACUGGGCCGAUCUUCACUGUCCCAAAAGAUCCAGUGCUGCUCGAAUCCCUGUCACAAUAAUUCUUCUUGCUCUAUUUAAAAUAUUUCAAAUAGCAUGUUAA